AUGAAGGAGUCACUAGAUGAUGGAGCCAGUGCUUCCGAUCCCCCCGUUUAUCCGGCUGCUUUUGGAAAUUGCAAUGAUGAAAAAAUCCCAUUGGGGGUGCGCUACCUCCCUGUCAUUUACAGCAUCAUCUUCCUGGUGGGCUUUCCAGGGAAGGCAAUAGCGAUUUCCACCUAUACUUUCAAAAGGAGGCCCUGGAAAAGCAGCACCAUCCUUAUGCUAAACCUGGCCUUCACAGACCUGCUGUAUUUAACCAGCCUCCCCUUCCUCAUUCACUAUCCUGCCAAUGGUGAAAACUGGAUUUUUGGAAAUUUUGUGUGCAAGUUCAUCUGCUUCCGCUUCCAUUUCAACUUAUACAGCAGCAUCCUCUUCCUCGCCUCUUUCAGCAUCUCCUGGUACUUUGUGACCAUCCAGCCAAUGAACUGCUUUUCCAUUCACAGAAACGGAUGGGCAGUGGUAGCCAGUACAAUGGUGUGGGCAUUUCGCUUUGGCAGUCAUCCCGUGACCUUUCUGAUCACCUUAGCCACAAGGACCAAUCCAUCUGCCUGCCUGGACCUCACCAGUACUGAUGACAUCACUACCAUCAAGUGGUACAAUCUAAUUUUUUCUGUAACCACUUUCUGCCUCCCCUUGGUGAUAGUGACCCUUUGCUACACAACAAUCAUCCACACCCUGACCCAGGGACCCCAGACUCGCAGCUGCCUUAAACAGAAAGCUCAAAGGAUAGCUAUUCUGUUACUCCUCAUAUUUUACACAUGCUUUUUAACCUUCCAUAUCUUGAGGGGCAUUUGAAUCAAAUAGCAUCUACUUCCCAUCAGUGGCUCUGUUGAGUAUCAAAUCCAUGAAGCCUAUGUUGUUUCUUAACCCUCAGCUGCCUUGAAUACAUUCGGGAACCUGCGACUUUAUGUGGUGGUUGGAGACAACUUUCAACAAGCCAUCCGCUCAGGAGUGCGAGGCACAGCACGUGGGGACCUUGAAAAAGCAAAGAAAAACAGUUCUUCAAAUACCCUUUGCAAUAGCUCAUUUAUUUCACCUCAAAUCGCCAACCACUUCUAA